AUGCCGCAAUCAAAUAAUGGAAGUACAACAAAUGCGCAUGUAAUACCGAACAUUUUCACCGGUGAUCUUGUUGCUUUCCACGAAUCCCAUUUCUCGCACACAGCCGUCGCCGCCUUCGGAUCUGAAUUCCUAGACUCGCCCUCCCAGGAUCAAACUCAAGAUGAGGCCGUCGAUGACACCUGGGAGGAGGAUGACGAUAGCCUGGGCUAUUAUCCGGAUGGUGUGAAAAGGACCUUGACGGAUGCGCAAAUCGAGAUAUUUCGACAUUCAGAACUCGAAACUCUGCGCAAAGAGAAAGAAAGAGCGAAACAUCUGCGUUCAAAAGAAACAGCGCCAUCGAGCGAGGUCAUGGAUUUGAGUGAUGCUACCCAUAUCUCCACGCAAACUAAAACCACGACUCCCCCAUUACCCACUUCUUUCCAGAGUAAUAAGAAACGGAAGAAGAAGAAAGGUCUUCAGCGCCCUCGCCCCGAACCGAAACCAGACUUGCGCAAACGAACCUGGGACGUUGUGGACAAGGGCUUGGACUCGCUAGAGUACGACUGA